CACGACCAUAAUCACCACCGACCACUGGACCUGUACACACAUCUACAGUCCCUACUUCAAAAACCUAUCAUCAUUGCCUCUUUUCCACAUAGCCAUCGCCCUCAUUUGCGGUCAUCAUUCAUAGACGACUCCCACUUAGUGGUUCCCCCUCCAGCCUCGGAAUCCAGCAGUGAGAACUUCCUGCGAGCCACCUCAACACCAUGGCUAUCAUGAGUACACUUGGCGGAUGGGUCGCGGUGGUUGCGGUCGGUGGUGGUUUCUGGUACUACCAUCGAUCCAAGGCACCUCGGCCGGCCGCUAAACAACGAAGCAAACCAAUUGAAGCUCGGGAGAAACAAAAGGAGAAGAAAUCUAAUAAGGAUGGAGGGCUGAGCAACGGUGGCGACCAGCCCAGCAAGAAAUCGCAGAAGAAGAAAACUCCACCAGCUCCCAAGCCAGUCCGCGAGGAGAAAGAGAAGCCCGUCACCAACGUCCCCAUCAGCAAAGAGCGUGAUGACGAGGUUGAUAACAAGGAGUUUGCUCGACAGUUUUCAAGUAUCCAAGCAGGCCAUGUCAUGAGUGGUAAAUCACAAGUUCCAACGAAGCAGAAAUCCGUCAAGCAAUCCAAGGCACAGGAGAAAGCUGGAAAGACACAAGAAAAGGUUGCUCCUGUAGAGGCCAGCUCUGAUAAUGCCACUGCUCCAUCGUCGGCAACAGGAGGCGACGCUGAUGAUGAUCAAUCAUCAGUGAACUCUCCUGAAUUGAAAGCAACGGCUGUUGAAACUCCGGCCUCGGUAAGCCACCUGCCAAUCGCCGCUGAGGUAGAAUCCGCGCUAACGUUUAUAUAGAAUGGAGUUUCCGACAUGCUCGAACAACCAUCCGCCGGGCCAUCUGUACUCAAGAUCACAGAACCUGCCAAUCCAACCAUGGCGAAGAAGAAGAAGCAACCCGCCGCUUUCGAGGCCGUCGAGACCAAGAAGCAACGCCAGAACCGCAAGAAGGCUGAGGCAGCCAAGCUAGCUCGUGAGGAAGAUGAAAAGGAGCGCAAGGCUUUGAUGGAGAAGCAACGACGCACCGCUCGGGAGGCCGAAGGUCGCGCAGCAAAGGAUGGCAGCGCUUUUAUGGCUUCCAAAGCACCCGUUGAAUCCGCUUGGGUUGCUCCUACCAACGGUACACUAUCUAAUGACUCCAAGUCCGCCGAAAAGGUUCAACUUCUCGAUACAUACGAGCCCACCAGCACAAAGCCAGCCAAGCCGGCUUUCAAACCUGGUGACAGCAACUAUUCCGAGAGCGAACUGGCCGGCAGCGAUUGGCAAAAGAACUACUCUUCCCUGCCAUCUGAGGAGGAACAAGAACGUAUUGCAAUCGAGGAGUCGGACGAAUGGCAAACUGUCAAAGCCAAGGAGAGACGCAAGGCUGAGAAGAAAGUCCCCGCCAAGGUCGAGAACUCCAGUGCUAAGGUCGAGGAGCCCAAGUUUCAAGAUAACUACGGUCCACCUCCAGUCAUUGCCCCUACGCCUCCGGGUCAGAAGUGGGUUAUGACCACGGUUCAUGUCACCCCAACUGGCGAGGUCGUCGAACAGGAACGCGUGUAUCAAGACAGCGAAUGGGAAGUCGCGUAAUUGUACAACGAUAUAUUGGGAGGAUGGAUCGGUCGACUUUUGUGGAUACGGAAAAAUCAUCUCGCCGAAGAGCGCCGUUUUCUCACAACUAACCUCCCCCAGAUUUUCCUUACACUUGUACAUUGAAUCGCAUUUUCGUCACGUCAUUAUUGCGUAGCCAACUCGUCGGUAUUUCGCGUCUGCAUAUUGGCACUUGGGAGGAAUUGAGAGGCAGAUUUGCAUAGGGCCACUAUCAUGUAUUCCAGAAUUUUGCUUUUCAGGGGCUAGGCGUUCACCUAUUUCAAGUUCGAGGUCCACGGUCUACAAAAUUGCCGUGGGACAACAGAGUGUAUCACAACUAUCUGCCGC